AGGUCAUCGUGACCAUACAUACUAUUUUGAAUACAGCAAGACAUAAUAAUUCUAGUCAAACAAAGAGAAAACCAAAAAAAAAAAGGAAAACGCCAAGACAAGAAGUUUAUCUUCGGCUCGCGAUCGUCACUUCGUUCGUUUCAAGCAUUUCGUCUUCGGUUUAAUUAUGACAACUUCAAAGAGACUCGCAGACAGGAAGAUUGAGAAAUUCGACAAGAACAUAUUGAAAAGAGGAUUCGUUCCUGAGACCACCACCAAGAAGGGCAAAGACUACCCUGUUGGCCCCAUCCUUCUCGGCUUCUUCGUCUUCGUUGUCAUUGGUUCUUCUCUCUUUCAGAUCAUCAGGACUGCAACUAGUGGAGGCAUGGCUUAAAACCAAAUAGAAUUCAAGGCGGGAGGAAGCAAUUCUCAAAUUUGAAUAUCUCUUCUUCUCUUCUGACUUGUCUCUUUUUUCUUUCCCCUUAUACUGUAGAAUGUGUUAACUUUCUGUUUAUUACUACAUGUUAUGAAGAAUUUUGAGUCUUUUCUAAAAAUAUCCAACCUUUACGUUUAUAUU